AUGGGUUCCCCGAGUGUCAACGUCCUUUUGACGUCCUUCCCAGGACUGUCGCUUCCAACAACCCUCUCGUUUUCCUUGCCAUCGAGUGCAACACUCGCAGACCUGACGCAACAAGUCGCCUCGUAUCUCCCAUCGUCGCUGUUGCUUCGGUCGCUCACGCUCACUACAACAAACAAUAAGGAAGUUAAGCCGACGUCGGAAUGGAUCUCAUCCCUCCUUCCUAUCUGCAAUGGCGGCUCUACCUCUACCCUCCUUCCGCUUCGCCUAACCGUCCCUCUACGCGGUGGCAAGGGUGGUUUCGGCUCCCAACUGCGUGCCGCUGGUGGCCGCAUGUCCAGCAAGCGCAAGCGCAACCAAGGCGACAACAAUGGUUCUAGUCGCAAUCUCGACGGUCGCCGACUACGCACAGUCAACGAAGCUAAGGCACUCGCGGAAUAUCUCGCCGUCAAGCCAGAGAUGGACAAGAAAGAGAAAGAGGAACGUCAACGCCGGUGGCAGGCGGUCGUGGAUAUGGCAGAAAAGCGCCAGGACGAAUUGAAGAAUGGCACCGGCAAUCAGAAGGUGGAUGGUCAGUGGAUGGAAGACCGGGACGAAAUGAGCGAAAAGGCCCGCGAGGCAGUUCUGCAAGCUAUGAAGGAUGGCGCAUGGACAGACAAUCUCCGCGAUGCGAUUCUCGGUGGGUCGAGCACCAGCGCCAGUGAUGAGGGCAGUGAAGAGGAUGCUUCUUCCAGCGAGGAUGAAGAAACAGAAGAGAUUGGGCAAUCCUCCAAGGUUGUUGCUGGGCCCUCUGUGCCCCAAAAGUCCGUGCCGAGGAAGUUCAUCGGGUUUGAUGAUGACGACGAGUUCAUGAGCGACUCGGAUGCAGAGAUGGACGAAUCUGACAAGGGAAAAGGAAAGGCUCGUGCAUGA